AUGCCCAGUGUGAGGAUAGAUACUACCCAAUGGCAAAAACUGACGCAGUCUCCAGGGAAGCAAGUCAGCGUGAUAACACCGCUGGGGAUGACGAUGCUGGAGAUCCAAGGUGAACUGGAGUUGCCCAAAGACUUCGCAUCACUCGCUAAAGACGACUCCUCUCAUGAUGGGAGAUUUAGUGUACAAGGUGGUCAGACUAUAGUACGGUUUGGGUCGCUACAGAUUGACGGAGAGAGGGCCACAUUAUUUGUCGGCAAGAAACAACGUCUCCUGGGGAAAGUGACAAAAUUGGACGUGCCGAUGGGAGUAAUGCACUUCAACUCGAGGGAUAAUAAGGUCGAGUUAGUAGACAUAAUGAAAUAUAAAAUUAUCUUCAAAGAUAGGCCUUUACCUAUUAUGUAA